UUGUGAUUUUCCAAAAACGAAAAAUAAAUCAACAUUCUCAAGUUAUUUAAAUUGUCAUGUCACUUUUAAGAAUUCAGAAACCCAAAACACGGAAAGGCAAAAGAGCUUUACUGGAGUUAGAACCAAAAGUAAUCGAAAAUGUGAAAAAUGCUUUAUUUCUUGAAGGAAGAAAAUCUUCUGUGACUAUUAAAGAUGUAUUAAAAGAUUUAUGCACAUUCAAAAAGCCUCAUUGUAAAUCUUUAACGAGAAAUAAUGAUAUUACACCAUUUGAUGAUCAAGUUCCUCUUGAGACUCUCCUCUCAAAGAACGAUUGCCAUUUAUUCACAUUUGGAUCACAUUCUAAAAAAAGACCGGAUAAUGUGAUAAUGGGACGAGUUUACGAUAAUCAAAUUCUUGAUAUGAUAGAGUUUGGUGUAAAAAACUUCAAAGGUUUAAAAGAAUUUAAGAGCGAGAAAAUCGGAAUCAUGAGUAAACCUUGUUUGGUCUUCAAUGGUGAUAAAUGGAAGAUGUCUGAGGAGCUACGCAGAAUAAAAAGUUUAUUUGUUGAUAUGUUUCAUGUUGAAGACGUGGAUUCAAUAAGACUUCAAGGCAUUGAACAUGUCAUAAGCUUCACAGUCGUAGAUGAUUUGACUAUAAUGAUACGUUCUUACAAGAUACUGUUGAAAAAGUCUGGUCUUCGAACACCUCGCAUUGAGCUGGAAGAAAUUGGUCCAUCAAUUGAUUUCACAAUUCGACGAACGAAAAUAGCUUCAAAGGACUUGUACAAACUUGCGCAUAAAAAACCAGUUGAACUGAAAGUUACAAAGAAGAAGAAUGUUUCGCGAGACGCUCUUGGCUUGCUUAUAAUGAAGCAAUUAUAUUUCUGGUUAAUUAUAUGCUCUUUUGUAAUGGUUGUUCUUAACACAGAAGUUGAGACCAAGCUAUGUCCUGAUUGUCCUGGUACUGUGUCAAACUUAAGUGGCUGCAGAUUUCGAACACGUGUGUUUGUGAUUUUCCAAAAACGAAAAAUUAAUCAACAUUCUCAAAUUUUUUAUAUUACCAUGUCACUUUUAAGAAUUCAGAAACCCAAAACACGGAAAGGCAAAAGAGCUUUACUGGAGUUAGGACCAAAAGUAAUCGAAAAUGUGAAAAAUGCUUUAUUUCUUGAAGGAAGAAAAUCUUCUGUGACUAUUAAAGAUGUAUUAAAAGAUUUAUGCACAUUCAAAAAGCCUCAUUGUAAAUCUUUAACGAGAAAUAAUGAUAUUACACCAUUUGAUGAUCAAGUUCCUCUUGAGACUCUCCUCUCAAAGAACGAUUGCCAUUUAUUCACAUUUGGAUCACAUUCUAAAAAAAGACCGAAUAAUGUGAUAAUGGGACGAGUUUACGAUAAUCAAAUUCUUGAUAUGAUAGAGUUUGGUGUAAAAAACUUCAAAGGUUUAAAAGAAUUUAAGAGCGAGAAAAUCGGAAUCAUGAGUAAACCUUGUUUGGUCUUCAAUGGUGAUAAAUGGAAGAUGUCUGAGGAGCUACGCAGAAUAAAAAGUUUAUUUGUUGAUAUGUUUCAUGUUGAAGACGUGGAUUCAAUAAGACUUCAAGGCAUUGAACAUGUCAUAAGCUUCACAGUCGUAGAUGAUUUGACUAUAAUGAUACGUUCUUACAAGAUACUGUUGAAAAAGUCUGGUCUUCGAACACCUCGCAUUGAGCUGGAAGAAAUUGGUCCAUCAAUUGAUUUCACAAUUCGACGAACGAAAAUAGCUUCAAAGGACUUGUACAAACUUGCGCAUAAAAAACCAGUUGAACUGAAAGUUACAAAGAAGAAGAAUGUUUCGCGAGACGCUCUUGGUAAUGUCAAUGCACGUGUACAUAUUGAUAAGCAAGUUGUCGGAAAACUUCAAACAAGAAAAAUGAAAGGAUUGAAGAAAACGCCAGAAGAGAAGAAAGCAGCACGAAAGUUGAAGAAAUCUGCAGCUAAAGAAAAUGGAGAGACAGCAUAAAGCAGGAUUAUUCUACCUAAAAAUAACAGAAUAUCAAAUUAAUUUACAAUUUUUUUAAACAAAUAAAAAUUUAUGCAAACAAAAGUUUUCAAAUUGAAUUAUUUUUAUGAUGCUCAAACA